GAUAAAAACCCCAUGGUUCAUGAAAAGGUCUCCUCGGAUGCUACUAAAACACCUCGUGAAAGACAAUUAGAAUCUUAUGCUGAAAAUAAAGUAGGCGAUACCUCUACUCUCGUCAAUAAGGACACUAACAAGGUUUCCUCUGUCUGGAAGGAUAAAGACAAUCAAGAAAAGUCCGGCAGUCGUAAUAGCCCCGUUACUGUUGAACAUGAACCCGCCAACAACGACAACAACAAGAAGAAGGGCUUUUGGAAUAGUAUCUUUGGAGGAAAUACCUCCUCCAAGAAGGAUUUUCAAAAGGGUUCCUCCGCUGAUGGUAACCCGAUGGUGAACGAAAAGCGCUCAAGAGAUAGAACCAAGUCUAAUCAAGAAUAUCAUAUGGAGGCUUACGCAAAUGACCAUGUUCAUGAUACCAGUACCCUUGUUGGUAAAGACACUGAAAAAGUGAAAGGUACUUGGGAAGAUAAGGCAAGUCGUGAUCAAGGUUCUCAAGAACCCUCUACUUCUAGAUCAUCUCUUACAUCCUCCUCUUGGUCUAAUCUCGUCAAUCAAGCUAGUGAAAAACUUCAUGAAGUAGAAGAAAAAGUGGAAAACUACAUUGAAGAUGAUGGCAAAAAGGUGGCUUCCAUGUGGGAAGGUGCUAAUGAUACCUUAAAGGAUGUAUCUAAUAAGGCAAGUCAUGAAUCAGGUCGUCUUGAAGAAGGGUGGGAAAACGUUAAAUCACAAGCGAAGGAAGAGGCUGAUUCGAUCUAUAGAACUGCCUCAGAUGUUGUCUCCUCCACUUCGAGUAAGUUUAAGGAAGGAGCUGAUCAAACACGUCGUGAUAGCUCUAAACUUAUGCAAGAUCAAAUGGAUCGUGCUAGUGGUGUAUUGAAUGAAACAGAAAGGGAGGCUAACAAGUUAAAGUCAGAUACUGAAAAAACUGCAAAGAGUUGGUAUGCAAAAGGUACAGAACAAGCGAAGGACAGCUAUGAUUCUAUUAAGGAUACAGUCGAUAAGGAUAUCCAAUGGACUCGUCAAAAGGUUCAGGAAGGUUUAAAUAAUACAAAAGAAGAAGUGAGUCACUUGUUAAGUACUCAACCAAAGGAAUCGGACUUGGCUGGUCAUAUUAAGCGUGGUGAAAAGUUUGCUGAAGAGGAAGAAGGUCAAUUGAGAUCUACGCGUAAUAAUGUUGAUAAGAAACCUGCUAAGGUCGUUGUUGAACAUGCUGAUGGCAAGGAUAUAAUUGCAAUGUUAGCUAAUAGAGCAACAUGUCUACGACCUCCAUUUCAAUCAUCGUCAAAGGCAGCUAUAACUUGUCAAUUACGUAAAAUAAAUUCAACAUCAAUUAUGCGAGAGCAAUAUUUGCAUGGAUACAAAGAUAACGAAAGAUAUCACGGUGAAUAUCCUGGUCGUACUCACUAUUGUGGCGAGUUACGUGCUUCACAUGAAGGAGAAAAAGUUGUUUUGUGUGGUUGGGCACAAUCUUCUAGAGAUUUGGCUCAAGAUUUGAUUUUUUUACCUUUAAGAGAUCAUUCAGGUAUUACACAGCUUGUCUAUCGAAAUUCUAAAGAUGAAAAACUUCGAAAACAAAUUCAGCUUUUAUCACCAGAAAGUAUAGUGUGUGUAGAAGGCAUUGUGCGAAAGAGACCCGAAGGCAUGUCAAAUCAGAAACAAGCGACAGGUGAUAUUGAAGUAGAAAUUACAAAGUUGUAUUGUUUAAAUCCUGCUUCACCUUCACUCCCUUUUUGGCCCAAUCAGGCACAACUGCCGAAUGAAGAGGUUAGACUUCGAUAUCGUUAUUUGGAUCUUCGUAGAAAUGUACUUCAACAUAAUCUUCGUCUUAGAUCGUUAACAGCUAAUACAGUACGAGAUUAUUUGAUCAAAAAUGGAUUUACAGAGAUCGAAACUCCUACUUUAUUUAAAUCAACACCUGAAGGUGCUCGUGAAUAUAUUGUGCCUACAAGAAAGAAAGGCGCCUUUUAUGCUUUAUCACAGAGCCCACAACAACAUAAACAAAUGCUAAUGGCAGCUGGAUUCGAUCGUUAUUUUCAAAUUGCCCGUUGUUUCAGAGAUGAAGAUUUAAGAGCAGAUCGACAGCCUGAAUUUACACAGAUUGAUUUGGAAAUGUCAUUUAUCAAAAUAAAGGAUAUUCAAGAAAUUAUUGAAGGAAUGGUAACCGCUGUCUGGGACAAAGCAUUGAAUGUCAAACUGACAAAAGAAGAUUUUCCACACAUAACUUAUAAGCAAGCCAUGUCUCAGUAUGGUUCUGAUAAACCCGAUCUUCGAUUUGACAUGAAAAUUAACGAUAUUGGGGCAUAUUUUAAAGAUGUUGUAGGAGAUAAUUCGAUUGAUUGUAUGGUGGUGAAAAAAGGAUCUUCUAUCACUGGUGGUGAAUUGAAAACAAUGCAAAAAACACUCGAACUUGCUAAUGAUUUUGCAUUUGUAAAGAUCAAUGAGAACAAUCGUUUGUCAUGGUCAUCCAAAUGUCUUACCUUACGUCAUUCUCAAUCCGUGGGACAUAUUGAAGAACAAUUAAACAAGUCUCUUCAUAUUGAACAAGAUGAUUUAGUGCUAGUUCAUAAACGACCCAAAUACAUUUAUGGUGGUAAUACAACUAUGGGUCGUAUUCGUGUUCAUGUAUCAAACUUAAUGCAAGAAAAGGGUCUUUUAAGAUUAGAUGAUAAAGAGAAAUACAAGUUUUUAUGGGUUGAAUCUUUCCCAUUGUUUACACCAGAUGAACAAGGUAUUCGUAAAUGGCAAUCCACACAUCAUCCUUUUACGGCACCUUAUGAUGAAGAUAUCCCCCUGUUAGCGACUGCUCCUGAAAAAGUAAGAGGACAACACUAUGAUUUAGUUUUAAAUGGUAUGGAAAUUGGCGGAGGAUCGAUCCGUAUUCAUUCACCUGUCAUGCAGACGUUUAUUCUCGAAAAGGUGUUACAACUGGAAAAAUAUGAAUAUGAACGAUUUGAUCACUUAAUUGAUGCCUUAGGAGGCGGAUGCCCCCCUCAUGGUGGAAUUGCUCUAGGCUUUGAUAGAAUGAUGGCUAUUUUAUGUGAUUCUACUUCUAUUCGUGAUGUUAUUGCAUUCCCAAAGGCUGCAGGUGGUAAAGAUUUUGUUGUGAAUAGUCCUUCGGGAAUAACUGCGGCUCAAUUAAACGAAUAUGGAUUGCAAUUAGCUAAU